UAUCGUCAUGCAUCAGGAAAAAGAUAAUUGAGUGUUCGUUACAUGACAUACUAUAUGUCGCUCUCUCUAGUGAGGGUGGCACGGCAAUCAACGCGUUUGGCUGUAAAAUUUAUUGAAUCGUCGACCGCAAUCGAUAGUCGUAAACGGUCACAAAACGGGCUACACAAACGAUGAAAAAUUCUGUGCGAACCAAACACUAAAAAAAAGAGAUUUCACAAACAACGAGGGCGCACCAGUAAACACGUGUGAGACUGAAGCAUUUAAAUCAUGUGACUAAGCGCGCACGUACGUAAGGGUCACAAGGCGUAACGCAAUGGAGAGACAAGAUAAAAUGAAAUGAAUACAACAAUAGAAAGAAUAACAAAGAAAAACGUCACAUCCUGUAAGACCAAACACUCUCAGUGGUCAUGAAAAUGGGGGAGGGUUUCGUAACAUUAGUGUUCCUGUUCAGCUUACAAAUUGCUUCUGGAAAACCACCGCACAUAGUGUUCAUUCUGGCCGAUGAUUAUGGCUUUAAUGAUAUCAGUUAUCACAAUCCACUCAUAAAAACUCCUUUUCUCAGCAGUUUGGCAGCCCAUGGAGUGCGCUUGGAGAACUACUAUGUGCAACCAAUUUGUACGCCAACUCGAAGUCAGCUUUUUUCCGGUAGGUAUCAGAUUCACACUGGCUUACAGCACGGGAUAAUCUGGCCAUCUCAGCCGAAUGCAUUGCCUAAAAAUGAAACUACGAUCGCGAGUAAGCUGAAAGAGAGUGGCUACAGUACUCACAUGAUUGGAAAAUGGCAUAUUGGAUUCUACAAAAGAGAGUUCAUUCCAACUCAGAGAGGUUUCGAUUCGUUUUUUGGAUACUUGACGGGUGGAGAAGAUUACUAUACUCAUAAUAAUACCUUCGGAUAUCCUUCAAGCGAAUACGUUGUUCUAAACGGGUAUGACAUGCGGAGAAAUGAAGAAGUCGCUGCUGAUGUUGCAGGGAACUAUUCAACAUUCCUAUUCACUGAUGAAGCAGUUAAGAUAAUUUCUUCUCACGAUCCAGAUACACCUUUGUUCCUUUUUGUCGCAUAUCAAGCUGUUCAUUCACCCCUGCAGGUACCUGAACAAUACACAGAGAUAUACAAAGAUAUUGACAACCAUGCUCGCCGCACCUAUGCAGGCAUGGUUACCUGCAUGGAUGAAGGGAUUGGUAACAUAACAAAGGCCCUACAGGAACAUGGCUUGUGGGAUGACACAGUACUUUUCUUCAGUACGGACAAUGGUGGACAGAUAUUAGAAGGCGGUAACAACUUUCCUCUGCGUGGAUGGAAAGGAUCACUGUGGGAGGGUGGAAUGAGGGGUAUAGGUCUUGUGUACAGCAAACUGUUAUCAAAACCUGGACAGGUUAAUUCAGAACUAAUCCAUGUCACUGACUGGUUUCCAACAAUUGUCCACCUAUCAGGAGGUUCCAUUGAGGAUCUACCUUUAGAUGGUUACAAUGUUUGGGAAACUUUGAGUAAUGGAGAACCUUCACCAAGGAAGGAGAUCUUGCAUAAUAUUGACCCCAUUGAUGCCUACUGGAACUCUCACAUUGAGCCAUAUAAGCACUGCAGACAAGCUGCCAUACGAGUUGGUGAUUGGAAGCUCUUAAGAGGAUGUCCAGGGAAUGGAAGUUGGAUUCCACCCCCAGAGAGUUCUUAUCCCAUUGAGUAUGCACCAAAUUAUUUUGAUAAUAUAAACAGUACCUUCCUUUUCAAUAUAAGAGAGGAUCCAGAAGAGAGAAAUGAACUUUCAAAGGUUUAUCCAGAGAUGGUGAAUACUUUAAUGCUUAGGCUCAAGGAGUACAAUGCCACAGCUGUACCAGUGCGUUACCCGGCCCCAGAUCCAGCAUCUUUACCAGAGCUGCAUGGUAAUGUAUGGACUCCAUGGGUGCUGUAAAAAGAAGAAUUUGUCCAAGGCUCAGCAAGGCUCAAAUGUAUUUUUAACACUGACUUCUUGUCCAAUCUCUUUAACUUAUAUAGUAAUUAGUAUUUGAGCAAUUUCCAAUUGAGUAUGGAAAGUAAUCAUGGAUUGGGUUUUUUUUUUUUUUUUGCAUCACUUUGCUCUGCUGAUCUCUUGAACAAUCAAAUUCAUUUAUGAAAAUGGUUGUGAUGGUUACUCAUGUUUUCCGGGGCAAUUUAUUUGUUUUUACUUUGAACUCACUGUUUCCUUAUGGUAGCAUAUUAAAUGAGACUUACCUUCAAGUUUCUUUUUAUUAUUCCCUCCAAAUAUGUCACAGAAAUAAAUACUUUUUUUUGUUGACUUUCUUAGUCACCAUGGCAGUGUACCUAAUGCAAGUUUCUAAGAACAUUUAUGGUUUUCAAACUCAAAUCAACUCUAAUUUUCGUGUACUGGAGGCUAAUGAACAACAUAUUCAAAUAAAUAAUAUUUUGAAAAAAUUAUUAUAUGCCACUUAAUUUAUGAUUAACAAUUUGUAUAUGGAAUUUAAAAAUUAUGAAAUACACAGUUUUUAUGGAAGAUUUUGUAAUCAAUAAAAGGAAUUUUGUAAAUA